UAAGAUAAAGCUUGUACAACUCCACCUGUUCCAUUUCAUGGAUUUUUUGGAUACCAAAACAAGGGAGCUUUACAGUGUUCCAUACAUUCCUGUGAUGAUGGGUAUCUUUUGAAAAAUAACGAUUUACAUACUUGUGAAAAUGGGGUUUGGAAUCCGGAAUUUCCUAAGGAUUUCAUAGCCACAUCAUGUAUCAAGCCAGAACCAACUUAUUUAAGAAGAAAUUACACAUUCACGUUUAACUGUCCACACCUCAUGAUAAAUGCAGCAGAAUUAAGAGAUUGUAUUAAUCAGUCUGGACUCUGUCCCGAAGGCGACAUCUUACUUUGCGAUAGGCUUUUCCAGAGGAUAGAGGGACAACAACUCUCCUCCAAGAUAUUGCAGAUAUGGAUGAUUAUGGAAGGAAAAUUGUUGUUUGAUACAAACAAACAAGUUUUGGUGCAACAGAUGGAUGAUCACGGACAAAAGGUAGCUGAUCUUUUACAAACAGGCAUGUUUCUCAGUACCUGCUCCAAUUUAACAUGCGACUUUUGGAGAGAUGUCGGGUGGAAAAAUAUCUGAAGUUUGUGCUGAAGGAUCUACAUUCUAUCAGGUCAAUGGACAUCUAGUCUGUGCUAAGUGCGGACCAGGCUUGUUUUACGCCGAGAAUACCUGCAUCCAGUGUCCUGAAGGGUUCUACCAGGAUAGAGCAGGUCAACAGGACUGUAAAGAAUGUCCAGAUGAAAGAACUUCCGCUGUCGGAGCAUUUUCAAUAUCUCAAUGCUUUGCUCAACAAGAGUCAAGAGAACUAUUAUCUGCCUUUGACACUACAACAGUGGUCAGUGGAGCUGUGGGUGGAUUAGUUGUGCUGAUGCUGCUUUUAGCUGUCCUUAUUGUCAUGAUACAGUGGAGGAGAUCAUCUUUAGAAUCCCUGACAAGUGCAAAUAAAUCCCAUUAUCCAAAUCCAGUUUAUGAGGAUUCAGAGAAAGAAGUCAUAACUUGACUCCUGACUGCAUUUUCAGGAAAAUGUUAGGCUAGUUAAUGCCAUUAACCAGAA